AUGCCCCCGGGUACUGUAUACUUGGGAAAUGGACACUCUGAUAUAUGGGGUUCUAAUCGUGAUGUCAACGGACAGGUUGCCCUCCACCCGCAGCCAUCAAAUGACCCUAAUGAACCAUUGAACUGGCCCAUACAUGAUAAGGCAGUCAACUUCUCCAUCGCCUGUCUAUUUACUCUAAUGGUAUUUGCAACACUUGAUGUCGGCACAGUUACCUGGAACUCCAUGGAAGCUGAGCUUGGCUUUGAACAUGACUUUCUUACCGCUAGCUACGCAGCCGCUUUGGCUGGACUCGCCGUCGGCUGCAUCCUCUUUGCUCCAGCAGCUUUAGUAUUUGGACGCAAGCCUGUUUAUCUAUGCAUGACACUUACAAUGGUUUUGGUCAAUGUUGGACAAGCAAUAUUUAAGACGAAGGCUCAAUAUGUUGCGCUUCAGGUCUUGUCCGGACUAGCGGGAUCAAUCAACGAUACCAUUAUCCAGAUAUCGAUAUCGGAUCUCUUCUUCGUCCAUCAACGUGCAACGUUGACGGGUGCCUAUACCAUGAUGGUGGUCAUCGGCACCUACCUCAGUAUGAUCCCGGCAGGCUACAUUGUAAUGAAUCAAGGUUGGCGUUGGGUAUGGUGGUGGUGUGCAAUUCUCAACGCCGUCAUCCUUAUAUUGUUCACAUUUGCCUACGGAGAAACAAGAUAUCGUAAAUCCGAUAACUGCUUUAUUGGCGAGGAGCAUUCGACUCCAGCCAAAAUACUCGAAGAAGACACUGAUAAGAAAAGCGAUGCUGUAGCGCCUUGCUCUGAGGCCCAACAGACAGUCCCAGUCCUAUCUGAACAACAAACACCAACCCGAAAAACACAUAUACAACGCAUGGCCGUCUUCGGUAGCUUCUCAGGUUUCAAUAUCUACUCAUAUUGGCAGCACAUGUGGCGGCCAUUUAUUCUCUUCUUCCGCAUCCCAGCUGUGGCAUUUACAGCGAUCGAAUACUCCUUCAUCCUCUGCUGGGUGGCCGUCCUCGCAACGACCCAACCGAUCCUCUUCGUAAAACCGCCAUACAACUUCUCCUCCAUUGGAGUGGGGAAUAUAAACAUCGCGCCUUUUAUUGGGGCAAUAGUUGGUGCAGUGUAUGGUGGACCGCUGAAUGACCUUUAUGUUGUCUUCAUGGCUCGACGGCGAGAAGGCAUUUAUCAUCCCGAGACCCGGCUGCAUAUGCUUAUUAUGCCGAUGCUGCUUACGCCGUUGGGACUAUUUCUGUAUGGGAUUAGCAUUGCCAAGUCACAAUCAUGGAUUGUGCCCCUAAUAGGAUCAGGACUUGCCGGAUUUGGAGUUGGUGCUGUCCCUGCGAUUACCCUAAGUUACUUUGCAGAUAGUUACCGCGAGAUCAUCGCCGAAGGACUAAUUAUCAUAACCGUCGUACGCAAUGGCAUCGCCACCGCUACUACAUUUGCUAUCAACCCUUGGUUAAAUGGACUGGGGCUGCAGAAUAUGUUCAUAUCGGUGGGAUGUAUUUCCCUUGGGAUAUUGUUGUUGACUAUUCCCAUGGUAUUUUGGGGGAGGAAGGCGAGAUAUCAUACUGCUGGUUUCCACAAUGAGGUUGCUGCGGGGAGUGUCGAUUGA